CAAACUUGUAAUAUCCCUCGCUUUUAAAAAUUAUUAAUAAAGAUUUAUUUAUAAAUCGGAGGACCUAUAUGUAAAUAUAGAAAUUUCAAAGACUAAACUGUUAAGUUGUAAAAAGAAGUAAAUAAAGAAAAACCGAAAAUUUCGGUUUUAUCCCACCGCCUCCCACGCACUCUCUGUUUCUUCGAGAAACAGAGAGGAGCGGUGGGGCAUGAGGAGUGAAGAAAAGAAGAAGAAGAGGGAAAAGAAGAGAGGAGGAAGGAGAGAGGAAGAAGAGGGAGAAGAGAAGAAGAAGAAGAAGAGGUGGCUGCAGCGAGGGCUGCAGCGAGGAGCUGUGGGGCGUGGGGAGAAGAAGAUAGGAAGAAGAGGGAGAAGAGAAGAAGAAGAAGAAGAAGAAGAAGAAGAGAGGAGGAUAGCUGCGGCAAGGCUGCAGCGAGGAGGUGUGUGGCUUUGGGGAGGAAAAGGGAAGAGGAGAAGAAGAGAAGGAGAAGAAGAGGGAAAAGAGAGGCAGCUACAGCAGCCAGGGCUGCAGCACCUCUGUUUCCCGCAGGUGGAAACAGAGGAGAGGAUGUGUGGGGCGUUGAGGAUGAAAAGGGAAGAAAAAGAAGAAGAAGAAGAAGAAGAAGAAGAAGAAGAAGAAGAAGAAGAUAGCUGCGGCAAGGCUGCAGCGAGGAGAUGUGUGGCCUUGGGGAGGAAAAGGGAAGAGGGGAAGAGGAGAAGAAGAAGAAGAGGAAGAGAAAGAGGUGUGAUACCUCUGUUUCCUGCAGAGGAAACAGAGGAGAGGGUGUGUGUGACGCCGGGGAAGAAGGGGCUGCAGCUGCGGCGAUGGCAGCUGCAGCUGGAAGAGAAGAAGAAGAGGAAGAUGAGCAGGGGAGGAGGGAGAGGUUGCGGCCGUGGCUGCGGCCGCGACUGCAGCAGUUGCAGCGGGGAGAGAAGAAGAAGAAAGGAAGGAGAAGGAAGAGGAGAAGGGAAAGAAGUAGCUACGGCUGCGGUUGUGGCAGCUACAGCUAUGGCAGGGAAAGAGGAAGAGAAAAAGGAAAGGAAGAAGAAGAGAAAGGGAAGGAGAGGAAGAAGAGAGGAAGAGGAGAAGGGGCUGCGGUUGCGGCGAUGGCAGCUGCUGCUGUGGCAGGGAAAGAGAAAAAGGAAAGGAAGAAGAAGAGAAAGGGAAGGAGAGGAAGAAGAGAGGAAGAGGAGAAGGGGCUGCGGCUGCGGCGAUGGCAGCUGCAGCUGUGGCAGGGAAAGAGAAAAAGGAAAGGAAGAAGAAGAGAAAGGGAAGGAGAGGAAGAAGAGAGGAAGAGGAGAAGGGGCUGCGGAUGCGGUGAUGGCAGCUGCAGCUGUGGCUGGGAAAGAAGAGAAGGAAAGGAAGAAGAAGAGAAAGGGAAGGAGAGGAAGAAGAGAGGAAGAGGAGAAGGGGUGGCAGCUGCGGCAGUGGCAGCUGUAGUUGGAAGAGAAGUAGGAGAGGAAAUAGAGUAGCAGAGGAAGAAGAGGCUGCGGUUGUGGUGGCUGCGGCCAUGGCUGCGACUGCGACUGCGGCAGUUGCAGCUGGGAAAGAAAGGAAAGGAAAGGGGGAAAAAGGGGCUGCGGACGGGAUUGCGGUCGCAGCGGCAGCGACUGCGUAUGCAGCAGUUAUGUCUGCGAGAGAAGGGAGGAAGGAAGGUAGUGCGGUGGAAGGGGCUGCGAUUGUGGCAGCGGCAGCGGCGGCGGUUGUGGCAGCUGCGUUUGGGAAAGAAAAAGAAGGAAUGAGAGUAAGAGAAAGCAGGUGACUGUGCCUCGAUGUUCGACACGUGGUGUAGUUGCGAAGAAAGGAAGAAAACGGGAGCACAAAACGAAACAGAGAGAGGACACGGAGGAAAAGUAGAAGGAUUUGGGCUAGCACCUUCUUUGGAUCUUCGGAUCGAAAUCCUUGAAAGGUCAGCUUGUCACUCUUCGAGAUGUUUGAUUUGGGCUGAGGCAGUGGAUAGCUAUUCAGAAUUAUGGGCAAGUCCUGUUGGUUGUUAUGCUAUUGUUGUAUAAGCAUAUUUUGUAUGUAAUGAAUUGUUCUGAUGAUCGAAAUGGAUAUACUGUGUAAAAGUGUUAGAAGAUCUCUCUUAUUUGGAAUUUCGGAAUGUUAAGUCUAAUUUAUGACGAUAUGAACUUGUGGUGAAUAGUUGGAGUUCUGAUUGUAUAAUUUAUUUAGCUUGUGGAUUUAUAAAUGUUGUUCAUGUUUGUCAA